UUCAUGGAUUCAGGUUGUGUUAUGAGUGUGUGUGUGAUUUUGCAGUAACUAGUUACCUUGCUUUUAAGGAUACCCUUUACCUUAAAGAACAGAACAAAUAACCUACUUGCUUGACUCAUCUUUUGUCUUCCUUACUGACACAAUAUUUUGACUCAACCACUGUGUAUAUAUAUAUAUAUAUAUAUAUAGAUACCCUUUUAUAUAUCCUUUUAUUAUCUCAUCACUUUUUUCCCACCUUUAUUCUCCAAAUGGCUAAGCUUCUUCUUCUCCUAGUCUUUGCUCUUCUCUUUCAUGGAGGAAUUGGAAUUGUAUCAGUUUUGGGGAAGAGUAACCAAGAUGGAUCAGAGGAAUGGGGCUAUGUAGAAGUAAGACCCAGAUAAUCCAGUUGGAACAGGGUACAGUUUUGUGGAGGAUAAGAGUUUGUUUGUGAAAACAGAUGAUGAAGCAGCCACAGAUUUAACAACAUUGUUAAUUGAGUUAUUUAACAAAAAUGAGAGCCUCAAAAAGAGCCCUCUUUACAUUGUGGCAGAAUCAUAUGGUGGCAAAUUUGCUGUGACGCUUGGAUUAUCCGCCACUAAAGCAAUUCAAGAAAAAAGACUCAACCUCACACUUGGAGGUGUGGCAUUAGGUGAUAGUUGGAUCUCCCCAGAAGAUUUUGUGUUCUCAUGGGGCCCUCUGCUUAAAGACCUUUCACGCCUUGAUGACAAUGGACUACAAAAAUCUAACAGUGUGGCUGAGAAGAUCAAGCAACAACUUGAGGAGGGUAAAUUUGUUGAUGCAACCAACUCAUGGAGUGAACUUGAGUCUAUUAUUAGCCAAAACAGUAACAGCGUGGAUUUUUACAAUUUCCUAGUGGAUGCUGGAAGUGAUUCAGUAGCGUUAUCGUCAGCAAUGGAGUUGGGGUUAUUUAGGGAAUUUUCUAUGAAGAGAUACUCAAAAUAUCUGACUUCAAUAAGGCUGAGUUCUUCGUCAUCUUCAUCUCCCGGUGGUGGCAAUGAUCUUGACACUUUACUUAAUGGCGUCAUCAAGAAGAAAUUGAAGAUCAUCCCUCAAAACGUUUCGUGGGGAGGACAGUCUGAUGGUGUUUUCACCAAUCUUGAAUCCGAUUUCAUGAAGCCAAGAAUUAAUGAGGUUGACCAACUUCUGGCUAAAGGGGUCAAUGUGACCAUCUACAAUGGACAGGUUGAUCUGAUUUGUGCCACCAAGGGGACCGAAGCUUGGGUUAGGAAACUCAAGUGGGAAGGGCUUCAAAAUUUCUUGUAUAAAGAGAGAACACCACUCUACUGUGGAAGUGACAAAACAACCAAAGGAUUUGUUAAGUCAUACAAAAACCUACACUUCUAUUGGAUCCUUGGAGCUGGCCAUUUUGUGCCCACUGAUCAGCCAUGCGUGGCACUAGACAUGGUGAGUGCAAUUACACAGUCACCAGCAGCAUGAAGUUAACCAUAGAAGAAAAAAGAAAAUAAUUAAAUAAGAGUAUAAUUAUUAUUUGUACAAUAAUAAAGCGUACAAGAAAAAAGAAAGAAAAUGUUGAUGAUGAAGCAAGAAAGGAAGAGCCAAUGCAACAAUCAAACUAGAACAGAACAAAACAGAGCAGAGAAUAGCAAUGACCAGAUGAAUGGAAGAGCUAUAUAUAUAGGGAUGCUAUUUAUUGAUUUUUCAAUUACAAUGUCAUUCUUUCUCUUUUCCUUCAAAGUUUUGGACAUUCAUGUCUUUGUUUUCUGAUUAUGAAUGAUCAAUGAGAAAUAUAAUUCUUUUGGUUGGCUCUUGAUAAAAACAAAA